AUGGAGGAUUAUGAGUGCAGAGCAAUUAAUGGGGAAUAUAUCCAGUUCUCCAGCCUGAAAGAGCUUUAUGUGAACCACUUGGUGGCAGCAACGGAGUCCGAGGAGGAGGGUGAUGGGAUUUUUGUUGAGUACAACCGUGGUUGCGCUCUGCGAUGUUGGUUCAUGUUCUUGAGUUGGAUCAUCUCUUACUUCCACUACAUCCACAACUACGAUCUUGAUCCCUCUUACACUGACACCUUGCCCAGGAGUGCACGAUAUGUCCUCCAAAGGGGAAAUAAGAAAGUGAGGCCAUAUCGUGUAGACCUCGAUCAUACUGCUCACAAUGACAUCCAAUGGACGCCCUUCAGAGACUACGGUGAUGUUGUCCCAUUCGACCGCAUUGCAUUAUAUUCUGGAUGGUUGGCAUGUGGGGCCAACAGCAUGGUUAGAUAUUUGCCGGAGCGGUGCAUGAGACAGUUUGGGCGUGUUCAAAUGAUACCGAGAUCUCCAUUUGAGGCUACUCCUGACACCGUUACCUACCGAGAUCUCGCUAUUAUAUUUGAGGAUUGGGCGCAUCAUCUAGUAUCGGAGGAGUAUCGACGAAUGCGGGCCACUCAGAGCUGA